UUAUGAUGAAUCCUAAUACUAAUCAAGAAAAUCAAUAAAUUCAAUAUUCAUUUGAUUACUAAUACAAAGGAGAUCAAAUUCUACCAUAUUCCUAACAAUAAUAACCAAUAUUAAUUACAUAAAUGAUGCAAAGGAAUAAUGCAAAUGGAUGUGAUUUUCCAGCUGAUAUUAUUUGUCCAUAUUGCACAAAAAUGAUUUAAACACAUGUUCAAUAUAAAAUGGGAAUACAUUCAUGGAUAGUAGUAUUUAUAUUAUUAGUUGUUUUUUUCCCUUUAUUCUUUUUACCAUUUUGCUUUUUAGAAUGCUAAGACAAAGAACAUAAAUGCCCACAUUGCAAUAAGAAAGUUGGUUAUAAAUAAUAUAAAAUAGUGUGA